GGCGCUCUGUGUCGAAUUGCCGUCGACUGGAGGGCACGGCGCAUCGGCAGUCGCCUUGCACCCCACCGCAGCGCUGCCCGGCGUCCGCACCGCGGAAAGCGCGCCGUGCCUGAAGCGACAGGCCGGCCCAACCUCUGCCGCCUGCGAUGGGGUGCUUUGGGCGACAGCGCGGCGAGGCGGCUGCAGCAUUGCAGCGAUGCAGCAUCAGCUGCAGAGCCGCAGCAUCAGCCGCAGCAGGCGGCAGCGUUGCGCUCUGCCGCUGCCUGCGCCUGCACGGCUCGACGCCUCUCCGCCCUCGCGCCUCUCCGCUCCCCACGCUUGCUGCACGCCUGCGGCUGAUCCUGCACCUGCGCUCUGGCUGCAAGGCACGCUGCGCUGCGUCUGCGCUGCUGCGGCCGUGCACCCUCGAUGCUCUGCCGCAUCGCGAUGCGCUGAUGGCGAAUUGGCGAUGCGGCCGCAGCUGCCGUCUCUGGGUGCUGUGCCGCUGCCUUUUGCUGUCCGAGCGCGAUUGCGAGAGGCAAAAUAAGGCGUGCUGUGGGUGUGCAGUGAGAGCCGGCAUGCGGGCCCGGGAGACGUCCGUAGCCGCACGCCGCGAGCACCCUGCGGCUGCCGCGAAGAAGAGCGAAGGAGCUGCGGCCACAAACGCAUCCGCGUGCGCCAAGAACUGCCUUCACACGAUUCGCCAGCGGCAGCGAGCGGCGGCGCUCCGGAGCAGCCUCAGCGCUCCGCCUGCGCUGACCGCUGAGGUGAGCCACCAGGUGCAGCCUCGCUCGAGCUGGCACCCUUCAUGCUACGCGAGGACGCAGGUCGGCGAGAAGAAUUGCAGCUGCAGCAUGGCAGCGGCGCAUCCAGCGGCAGCGGCAGCAGUCACGGCUCACGAGCCCGAUGCGGGCGCAACGAACGCAAUGUCUGCCUCCCUUGUGGCCUUGGUCCGCCCGCAGCCGCGGAGCUCGGAGGGCGCUGCUUGAAGUGUCUCGCAGCCGCGACCAGCUUGACUGCUG